AUGGGUUGGGAUGUUUUUGACAAUAUUCUUGGAUUGUUCAAAGGGAAAAGAUGGGCAAAGGCUACCAAAUGCAAAAGAUUGAUUAAGCAUCUUAGGAGUCGUCUAACGCUCCAGAAAAGCAGAAGAAAUGCCAUCAUAAGGCAAUCACGUGCUGAUAUCGCUCAACUUAUGCAGAAUGGCUGGCAUCAUGUUGUUUCAACACGGGUCGAACAACUCUACAGAGACUACUGCAGGUUAUAUGCAUACAAUCAACUCGAGUAUUUUUGUGAAUGCAUUUGCACUAACCUUCGUGACAUUAGCCAGGGCAGGAAGCUGUCUGUUGAGGUUCAUGAAGCACUGUCAACUUUGAUAUUUGCUUCCUCCAGAUGUGGAGAACUGCCUGAACUUCAUUCCAUAAGAAUCUUAUUCAAACAGCAUUUUGGUCACAAGUUUGAAAGAGCUAAUGUAGAAUUGCUACCUGGGAAUUUCGUAAACUCAGAUAUAAAGCACAAUCUUACAAUAUCAUCAGUAACAGAAGAAGUAAAGCUGAAAUUAACAAAUGAAAUAGCAAUAGAAUUCACACCUCAGUUGGGGGCCCUAAAUCAGCAAAAUUACCUCUUCCCGGAACUCCAGAAGCUCCAAGGCAACCUGUCAACUAAGUCCGGCAAGUGUACAAUGACCGAUGAAUUUAAGGGUUUGGAUGCCGAUGAUAAUAGUAGUUUCAACAGUCGAAUGCAGGCCUCAAUAUCAAAAUUUCUUUUGGCAAAUUUAAAAAAUUUGGGAACAUUUUGGAGGGGUUUUUCCAACAGUGCAGACAGCACAGAAGGUCCUGUUACCUUCAUGGAAACUAAUAAAAUCAACAGUCAGAAAAAUCCUGAAGGUUCCUUGUCAGUUCAUAUACCAAAUGGUACACAAGUUAAACAAGAUACAAACACCAUACCCAGGAGAGAUUAUAAUGGUGGGCACAAGCUUUAUUCUUCUAACACUUGGGUUGCAAAUUUAAGCUCCAAGCGUUACACCAAGAAGAAUAUUACAGAAGACAUAUCGCUUACUUCACAUUGUUCUUGUAGACAAGCCCAAAAUUUUCACGAGGAUGGACAAAAAAAUUCCAGAUUUGACUCGAGCUAUGUCCAUCCAAAGCUUCCUGACUAUGACGAAUUGGUAACGAACUUCACAAAUCUCAAGAAAAAGUGCAGUCAGAAAAAUUCAGAUAAUCGAGGACUUUUCGAUUGGAUGAGUUAG